UUAACAAUUUUGAAAUUGUGAUUUCUCUCUCUCUCUCUCUCUCUCUCUCUCUCUCAACUUUGCGCUCUCAGAUUCUCUCUCGAAGGUUCGAGCUUUUACGGAUCUCCUGUCUCUGUUUGUCUUAAUAUGUCGACUGUGACAAUUCCUUCACCUUGCUUGUUCAAAAGUGCACCUGUAACCAGAUCCUCUGCUUUGAUCAAGAAUCCAAAGUCUUUGGGUUCAGUAAAGAGUGUUUCCAAGUCAUUUGGCAUGAAGUCCCCCUCCUCCUUCAGAGUAUCUGCCAUGGCAGUGUACAAAGUGAAACUGAUUGGACCCGAUGGCGAAGAGAACGAGUUUGAUGCCCCCGAUGAUACAUACAUCCUUGACUCAGCUGAAAACGCAGGACUGGAGUUGCCCUACUCGUGCAGGGCUGGUGCCUGCUCUACGUGCGCUGGGAUGAUGGUUUCUGGAUCCGUGGACCAAUCAGACGGUUCAUUUCUUGAUGAUAAUCAGAUGAAGAAAGGGUACGUGCUCACCUGCGUUUCGUACCCCACUUCUGAUUGUGUGAUUCAAACUCAUAAAGAAAGUGAACUUUAUUGAGUGAUGUUUGUGGUGUGUCUGUUUAAUUUGCUAUAGAUUUGGUAAGAAAUUUAUGUCAUAUGGUGCUUUUGGCUGUUUAGUGUAUGGGACAACACUUGUAUCAGUCGCUUUAAUUUAUAAUUUGAUAAUGUCUUUAGUCAUCUA